UAUAAUGAUCGUCUGCUGAUCACUUCAUUUUUUAUUUCGAUCGAAUGCAGCCACCAUGAACGACGAUAUAUCAGAUGCGGUAAAAUAUGGCGAUUUUGAAGUAUUUAGUGGGGAUAAUUAUGAAGCCCUCCUGCCAGAAUUAAAAUUAGAAGGUUUUGAUUCUGAUUUUGACAAUUUUCUAUCCGAAAUGGUCGUUUCGGACUUCGAUAUAACAUUAACCCAACAGGCAUUUGCCGAUUUGAAAAAAUCCGAUGAUCCCGGGUUGCCAGCCCCAGAAACGCCAAUAAGUACUCGUUUUGCCAAGCUUUCCGACGACGAAAUUAAAGGAUUUCAGGAACUCACACAAUCAAAGGCUACAAAACAAAGCACCAAAUGGGGUUUAAAGAUUCUUACAGAUUGGCAUAUUGAAACGUUUGGAGUCCCUCUAGAUCUGGCUGAGAUUUGCGAGGAGGAUCUGGCGAAAAAACUCAGUCGUUUUUACUGUGAAGCAAAACCCCAAAACCCGAAAAAGGAGCAUACCUCCGAAUAUCAUAAAAAUACCAUGAAAGCAAUCAGAGCCGCCAUAAACAGGCAUUUAUCCGACAUCGGUCGAAAUAUAGACAUUGUAAACGAUAAAGCAUUCAAAACUGCAAAUAAAAGUUUGACCGGUCUCAUGAAGCAUAGAAUGGUCACUGGAACGUCUCGCCCUACAACUCAUAAGGAGAUCAUUCACAAAUCAGAUUUACAGAAAAUUUCUGCUUACCUGGAGAGUGCAUAUUCUUCUCCAGUCAAUCUGCGACUUGCAAUGUGGUACAUCAUCGCGAUACAUUUUGUGUCUCGUGGUCUUGAAUUCCAUCAUCAGCUUCGGGUAGAUUCCUUCGAUUUCAAAGUUGACGAAGAAGGCUCCAUAUAUGCUUGUUUGAAGCAUGAAACAAAACAAAAAAACUAUCAAGGUAGCAUUCACAAACUUGAAGCACUGAACGACAAAAGAAUGUAUAAAACUGGAAACGAAACUUGUCCUGUGAAGAUGUUGAAGUUCUUCUUGUCUAAAACGGACCCAAAUGCGUCUCAUCUUUUCAAUAAAUGCGUUAAAGAUGCCAUUUCUUACCCGAAAGAUUGCAACAUAUGGUACACAGCCGAUCCCAUGAAAAAGCGAUCAUAUGUUAAUUUCCUUCCGGAUAUUUGCAAGGCCGCCGGGUGCAAACUUUACACAGCUCACUGUCUAAGAGCGACAGCAAUUCAGGCCAUGAACGACGCUGGAUUUGAAGCAAGACACAUCAUGUACUUCUCCGGGCAUCGCAACGAAGCUUCCAUAUGUAGCUAUAAUCGUGAACUGUCUUCUACCCAAAAAAAAAGUGCGAGUGCAACUUUAUCUACAAUAACCACCGCCAGUGUCAAAAUAAAUGAUCCAUCUGAAGAUUCAUGUGUAAUUUCCGGCCAACAAUCACAGAAUCUUCAAAUCGUUCCCUAUAAUUCUGAAAAUUCCAACUUACCUGUCAAAAAUGAACUUAAUUGUUCCACCAUGUCCGACUCGAGCAUUAAAUCUGGAGUUUUGAAUAACUCCCGCUUUGAGAACUGUUCCAUUACCAUCAAGUACAAUCUCGACUGA